AGUCUGUAAGUUUACGCCAUACACAGUUCCCGGGAAUGUGAACUGAAUUUACAGCGGCGUUGCUAAGUCUAAGGUUUGCGCUUCACAGUUAUAUGACAGUCUGAAUAAUUAAUGACUGCGACACUAUCAACGCGAUAUCACGCUUGUUUAGCAGCUAGUAGUAUGUAGAAAAUUAUACGAUGUGCGACCGACACUGAGUCUGCUCUGUGACUGUCAGUACGGUGCAGCGCCAUGGGAAACACCGAGAGCGCGCAACUGCAGCAGCGCCUCUCCCGCUUCCGGCCAGACGAGCGGAACCUGCUGGACGGCGCGUUCGACCGCCUGCGCGAGCCGCCAAGUGGAGCAGCCGCGGGGCAUUCUGGGAAGGUUCUCACCCUCGACGCUCUGAAGGCCAAUACAGAAGGUGUGGCCUCAGCCUCCAUGACCUCUCGGCUGUUUGAGGCCAUGCGCAGCACGGACCCAGGUAGUGCAGCGCCCCUUCAUGGAGGGGUAACACAUGAGCAGCUUCUCAUAUUCCUCUCAGAUGUGCUACGUGGUACUGCGGUGGAGCGUGCGCCACUCAUCAGGGUGAUGAGCGGCGGGGCAACUGGAGGCGUCACGGGAUGUGCCCAGAUCAGAGAGUUUCUGGAGGACCUCCUGUCAGCGGUGGUCCAUAUCCUUGUUCUCAGGGGGCAGUUGCAGGGCUGGAAGCCAGAAUUCAUGGGUGACAGUGAUCAGGGGGUCAAACUGCUAGCUGAACAAUUAACAUCAGAGCUGAAAUGCACAGAUCAGCAGACCUGCGACCUUCCGUGUCUUGAGGACUGGCUUUUCCGGACAUCAGCCGUGUCCCUCUACCUGGAGUAUCUGACCAUUGAGGGGCUGGGAGUGCGUCUUCCUUCACGGCCCCCUCUUGUCCUCCUGCCACUAUGUCAGGACACGCCUUGGGGUGAGCUGCGCUCCCUCAUGAGCUUGCCUUUGCUCCUCUUCCUAGCACCACAGCUACCCAGAGCCCAGAGCGCCAUCUGGAGGCUCCUGUUCUCCACACGGCUACAUGGCGAGAGCUUCACCCGCUUGGUGGGCAACUGUGUCCGCCGGGGACCAACCUUACUGCUGUUGCGGGAUACCCACGGCUACACGUUUGGGGGCUUUGCCUCCCAUAGCUGGGAAACAAAGCCACAGUUCCAGGGAGACUCCAGGUGCUUCCUGUUCUCAGUGUUCCCCUCCCUCCGUGUGUACAGUUGCACUGGAUAUAACCAGCACUACAUGUACUUGAACCAGGGUCAGCAGACCAUGCCCAAUGGUCUGGGUAUGGGUGGUCAGCAUAACUAUUUUGGCUUGUGGCUGGACAGUGAUUUUGGACGUGGCCAUAGCCGGGCACGUCCGCGCUGUACAACGUACGGCAGUCCUCAGCUUUCCGCAGAAGAGGACUUUACAGUAGACAGCCUUGAGGUUUGGGGUGUGGGAGAUCCUCCAGAGGAUCACGAGCAGACUCGGGGGAAGAAGAGUGUGCUGGAUGCAGAUCCUGAGGCUCAGGCUAUGAUUGAGAUGGCUGGGAAAACCCUACACAGCCAGGGCCUCCGAGAGCCAGAGGAAGGAGACACAGACUGAGAAAAGAGGACAACUGGAAAACUGGGACAAUAGCCCAAUGAGGGAUGACGCACUAGUCCUGCUCAUGUGUCUGCAGCUGCGUUUUUGUCUGUGGUUUCUGUGGCUCAGUCAUCAGAAAUGAAACACACAUUCGCUGGCACUUUGUGAGCAGUGUUCAUAUGAGAAUGUUAGAAAUGUGUGUCCAGCACGUUUUGAUUGGUGCACCUACUGAAACUACAAAGGUAGCCGAAUCAGAUUCUUUAUAUACCCAGGAUACUAUUGGUUGAAGGUGUUUUGGAAGUGGUGAGGAA